CUGCACCAAGUGGCGGCGAGAGCGAAGCCUUAAUAGAGUGAGAGGCGGCGGCGCGCGCCCCUCGCUCCUUCCAGGGUUUGUGUGCGCGCGCGCCCGCCACCCUCUUUUUGUUGUUUCUUCUUCUUCUUCUGUGGCCCCCAUUGCUGGUGCUGGUACUGGUGUCGCUCCUGCUGCUGCCAGCCAGUGCCGCAAGGAGGCGAGGACGGACGGACUGCAGCUCCGAGCGGGCAACAAGCUAUUCACUCGCCUUCUCCUCUCCUUCUUCCCCUCGAGCUUCUCUUUCCCUCCCUCUUUCCUUCCUUCCCUCCCAGUUCUUUCUUUCUUUGUUCUCCUCUCCGCGCAGCCUUACCGCACCUUCUUUCUACCUCAGCUGGGUUCUCCCUCUCUCUUUCCCCCCUUUCUCCCGCGUCUGGCCCUCCGCCUUGUCAUGUCAAGAUGGAAGGCAGGAGCGACUGGCUGGCCUCCUCGUCCCGCCCCGAGGGCUUCGAGCAGCUGAGGCUGAAGAGCAAAGCCCGCGAGCCCUCGCCCAGCCUGACCCGAGUGGGCUCCAACUUCUACAGCGCCGUCAAGCAGCAGGACUACAGUGCCAGCGUCUGGCUCCGGAGGAAAGACAAAUUGGAACACUCCCAGCAAAAAUGCAUUGUGAUCUUUGCACUGGUUUGCUGCUUUGCAAUUCUGGUUGCACUGAUAUUUUCGGCUGUGGAUAUUGUGGGAGAAGAUGAGGAUGGCCUUUCAGAAAAGAACUGUCAAAAUAACUGUCGGGUUGCUCUGGUGGAAAAUAUUCCUGAAGGCAUAAACUAUUCAGACAGUGCACCUUCUCAUUUGUCUCUUUUCCAAGGCUGGAUGAAUUUACUUAAUAUGGCUAAAAAAUCUGUUGACAUAGUAUCUUCCCAAUGGGACCUCAGUCACAGUCAUCCAUCUGCAUGCCAGGGGAAGCAUCUUUUUGAUAAGUUACAAGAACUAUUAUCUCAAAAUAUCGAGAUCAAAUUAGUGAGUGAUAUUCUUCACAAGGAGUCCAGGUUAUUAAAGGAUUUGAGAAAUAAGGGUGCAGAAGUGAUGUACAUGAACUUGACUGCUUACAAUGAUGGCCAUAUGCUGUCAUCAUUUUGGAUUGUUGAUAAACAACAUGUAUACAUUGGAAGUGCCAGUUUGGAAUGGAAUUCAUUGGGACAGAUGAAAGAACUUGGUGUCAUUUUGUACAACUGCAGCUGCCUGGUGUUAGAUUUACAAAGGAUAUUUGCCUUGUACAGUUCUUUAAAAUCCAAGAGCAAAGUUCCACCUAUCUGGUCUAAGAGACUGUAUGCUGUGUAUAACACUGAUAAUAAAUUGACCCUCAAGUUGAAUGAAACCAAGUCAGAAGUCUUUGUUUCGAAUUCUCCCAAGCUCCUUUGCCCUAAGGACAGGGUUUUGGAUAUCGAUGCCAUCUUUAGUGUUAUGGAUGAUGCAGAACAAUUUGUUUACAUUGCUGUCACAGACUACUUGCCUAUUAUUAACAUCACAAAUGAGACAAGGUACUGGCCAUAUUUGGAUGGAAAGAUAAGAGAAGCACUGAUUCUACGAAAUAUUAAAGUGCGGCUCCUCAUAAGUUACUCAAAGGAAACAAAUCCACUCACAUUUAACUUUGUUUCAUCUCUUAAAGCAAUUUGUACAGAAGUUAGUGGCUGUAGUUUGAAAGUUAAGUUCUUUGAUCUUGAAGAAGAAAGUGCUUGUUGUUUUAAGGAACAGAAGAACUGUUCCACUUUUAAGCUAAAUCGCAACAAGUACGUAGUAACUGAUAAAGCUGUUUAUAUCGGUAAUUUUGACUGGGUUGGGACCUAUUUUAAUACGGAUGCUGGAGCUGGCCUGGUCAUCAACCAAGCAGAGUCAGGAAACAGAACCAGUGUGAUCAAGCAACUAAAAGCUGUGUUUGAAAGAGACUGGUAUUCACAUUAUGCUAAAAGUUCAACUACAAAAAUUCCAAACUGUUUAAGCUACAAACACAACCAAGCAGCAGCCAAUAAGACCUCCCUGAGAAAUGUGAACUGAAGCCUAUUUUAUUGGUCAGUACAACUAAUUGAGAGAGAGAGAAUGGGACAGAUACUGACCACUCCUUUCAUAUUUACAGACUUUUUAAAAAGCAAAAAAGAUUUAUAGGAAAAAGCACACUUAUAUAAAAUAUUCUUUAAAUUAUAUUCUCUAUACUGUAUUAUUUACAAACAUUAGAUUUGUUACUGCUGACACUGAAUGUCAUUUCUGCUCUAUUGUUGCUUUGGAGGUAUCACAAUGAAAUUUAAAAGCAUGCUUUGAUCUUUAAGUUAUAGGGUUACUCCUAUCUCUCCUUUCUGAUUAGUAUAAGCCAAGCAUAAACAUGGUAAGUGUAUUCUUAGCGUGGUUGACAGUAAAGUGCAGAUUUCACUCAAAUGAAAGAUAUGGGAAUGAAGAAGGCCUUUUCCCGUGUAGAUAAUAUAAUCCCAGUUUAAGUCUUUUAAACCAUUUCUUUGUUUAAGCAUACGGUUUAAGCAAAUGGUUUGGUGGUUUGCCUGUUUUUAUUACAGUAUGAGUAUACUGUAAUAAAAACGCAUGUAUUUAAAUAGUUUAUUUUCUUUUUCUGCUCCAACUACAAAGCUAAGGGUAUAACUGAACUAAUUUAAAUUCUUCUAAUGAUGCACUUACCCUCUUAAUUUUAAUUUUGGAACAAUACUAUUAUAAAUACCUUGCUUUUUCAUGGUGAGAGGACAGUUUAAAAUCAUUUUUCUUUUUUUCCUAAGUCAGCAAUAGGUUGCAUGUAAUGUGAAUUUUCUCCUAACUACUGUACCUGCAAAUUUGGGGGAAAUGCUUAUUACUCAAAAUUACAAGGUUAACCUAUUUCUGUAAUAUUGGUGUUUCUCAUUUUUCUAUAGUGUUUUAGGGGUGAUCCAACGCAAGUGUAGAGGCAUGCCCAGAAACUUAUAGUAUGUUUUAAAAGAGCUCUAUUCCUCAGAGCCCUCCUUUCUAAACAGACAGCACAACAGCAGCAAAUUUGUGGAUGCCUGGAAGAUGUUCUUUGAUUUAUAUUUUUGGGCAUCAUUGGCCUCUCUUUUAUUUACACUUUCUAUAACAAAAAUAAAAUGAAUGCUCUAUUUUACAAUAAACACAAGCAGGUUUCUUUUCUAAAAUCCAAAGCCAUCAGUAAGUGACAUGCUUCUGAAAUGACUAAUAAAUUUGAUCUUUAUAAUUUCUUUCAUAAGAAUGACAAGAUUUAAUUUUAAAAUCUUACUUUAGCUGUAUAAAAAUACAGUUUAUAUUUAAACAGUUUAUCUCUAGUAUUGAGAGAAAUCGUAAUAUUUUUUUCUUUCCAGAGUGAUAGGGUCAUAAUUAAUCUAUGUGAUUUCCUCCAAUCUGGAGUAUGCCUCCAGGGUGGAGGAAAUACAGUUCAUCCUUAUACAGUAGAGUCUCACUUAUCCAAGCUAAACGGGCCGGCAGAAGCUUGGAUAAGCGAAUAUCUUGGAUAAUAAGGAGGGAUUAAGGAAAAGCCUAUUAAACAUCAAAUUAGGUUAUGAUUUUACAAAUUAAGCACCAAAACUUCAUGUUAUACAACAAAUUUGACAGGAAAAGUAGUUCAAUACACAGUAAUGUUAUGUUGUAAUUACUGUAUUUAUGAAUUUAGCACCAAAAUAUCACAAUAUAUUGAAAACAUUGACUACAAAAAUGGCUUGGAUUAUCCAGAGGCUUGGAUAAGCGAGGCUUGGAUAAGUGAGACUCUACUGUACCUUGAUUCUAGGCCAGUGUUGCAUGAUCUGUUGUGUAUCACUUAUCAAAGCUCAUACACAAGUUGCUUGCCACUGCAAUAUCAAUGAGAUUGCUGUGACUGGUUGGAACAUCUGCAAUACUUCCUAGACAAAACCUUGGUUGCUGCUCAUGGUUUGGGGUCCUGGUCGAAUGAUCUGGAGCAGUCAGUGCAGUACUGAUUCUUCAUUAUUUUUCUCCCUCUCCACAAGAAAUGGAUUGGAGAGGCUAAACUACUUACAGCAAACUUGUGGUGGUAGUGUGGGGCUGCGGCAUGGGCAGAACAGAAUUUCAACUCCAUUAAUGACCAAAAAAGUAAGUGGAUGGUUCCUUUUUUGAUAAGAGCUAAGGCUUAGUACUCACAUUGACUGAUGAAUAAAUUGGCUCAGGUUUUGGGGGCUGAUUUUGUCUAAAAUCGCUAGACUUAUACAUGAAUAUAAAGGGUAGACUUAAUUAAAGAAGCCCCAACCCCAAUUUCUCAGGGCCCAAGCAGAGCUGGAAAUGACAGAGUGACACUUCAAUUAUUGGAUUCUAGUCAGAAUUGCUCACAAAGAAUUUAGACCAUAACUGCUUGCUUAGGAGUCUAGAACUGUGUCAAAGGCUCCUUCUGCACAGCUAUAUAAAAUCCACAUUGAACUGGAUUAUACGACAGUGUGCUCAGAUAACCCAGUUCAAAGCAGAUAUUGUGGAUUAUCUGUAUUCAUAUUCUGGGUUACAUGGCUAUGUAGAAGGGCCCAAAGAGACAAAAGAACGUGUUGGUAAUAGCUACAUCAGCUGGGACUCAUGGUGUACAUGAAACCACUCAGAAUUAUUUUCAUCCUAUGGAGGAUGGAAAAGAUAGCUUCCAUCUGAAGCCUGCCUUCAGUGUAUCUGAUUGCAUUGGCACAUCGGUCAUAAUAUUUUUUUGUCAUGCACAUCAAGGUUGCACUUCCAAAGAUACUAAAACUCAUAACUCUGUUCAGCAAACAGCAGUCAGCCAAACAUGUAGACUCCACUGAUAGAAUAAGUGCAGUCGGAACUGAGCUCAUGGCUAUGCUUACAGGAUGUCACUGGAAAAAUUGGAUGGGAUGAUUCUACCUUCCAUUGUUUGGAAUAUUCGUAGCUCAGGGGAAUGCGAACAACUGGACAAAGUUGAUUGAAUUUCUGAACUAUUUGUCUUGCAAUGAAAUUGGAGGUGAUAUUCUAGAAAGGCACAUGUUGAUAAGAAUGAAUGAGAUUAGUGCAAAGGCUUAUGAAACGAAGCAAGAAUGAAUUAUUCCCCACAACGGUCAGGACAUCUGAUCCUGAAACUCAUUCACAGCUAACCUCUGUAGUGUGUAGAAGCACAUCCAGGCCUUGAACUAGUUUCUGGAUUUCCCAUCUAAUCAUCCGUACACCUUCUGCUUCCUUCUGCCAGUUACACUCUGAUCUAAGAAGUUAAUGUAGAUGUGCACUUAGAUUUCAAUCCAACUGUUGGUGAUAAGUAGAAUAGAUUCAUUGAAUUAAUGCAGUGUUGAUUUACCAUCUUCAGUGAGGGAUAAUAUAUGGAUUUAGUCUUGUAAAGAACAAGCAAGUGGAAAUGUAGUUGCUCAAAUGAUAAUUAAAUACAUUUUAUUCCUCAGCUCAGUGUAGAGUACUUCAACUGUAUAACUAGGUAACUUCAUUAUGCUCUAUGUAUAUAUCACCUGAAUGUGUGCUACAAAGUUUGCUACAUUCAACUUAAUGAGAUAUCUCUGUUGGCAAACAUGGGUUUUCAUUGUUAGGUUCUGUGGUUUCAUCAGGUGCAGUCUGGGAAAAUUGAGCAUGGCAGUAGUUUGACUUUGGCAUGCAGUAUUGGCAAUUUAGUGGUUUUUGAAAAUGUGUGUAUAAUUUAGGCUUAGUAACUAUGGACUUCAUCCCACAAGUGGGGCAAAAGCAAGGGAAAUCGGAAGGAAGCGUCUUUACUUCAUUCCCUACAAUCUUUCCCUGUCUUCUGGUAUAGCCAAACAUCCCACAUCCUUUCCCCAUCUUCUGCCUAUUUUUCACCAUUUUAAGCUGUAUGGAGACAGAUAAACCCCAACUCCUGAAGAUAGACUUCUGGCUCCAUUUCUAUGUCCCUAGGAAACAUAGCUCCAUGAAAUCCCACUGGAAGUGCCCUGGGGCUCUGUUUCCUCAGAACAUGGAAACAGAGCCAGAAGUCUGUCGGAUGAGGUCCUAUAUGUUGCUGCUCUUGAUUUUUUUAAUUUGAAGGAUUGUAGCCACAUGCCAAUCUCUAGACUAGGCACCAGAUUGCUCACUACUUAUAGAUGUUCUCACACAUAUUGGAGGUGGGGGGACUAAAGUGUGCACAUAUUAUCGCCAUAAGUAAGGAAGUCAGAACUCCCAUAUACAGAAAAGAUUUCUGAAUUUGGACAGCAAUAUUUAGAGUAGCAGCAACAUCUGAGAAAUAAAGAUUUUGUUGACAAAGUUUGUUGUUCAAACCAUAAGUAAACUCAGGUGCAAAACAGAGCAGUAUGCUAAAAGAGGAUUUCCAAGAUCACUCCGGAAGUAACAUUUAUUCUGAAUUUCCUGCAGUAAGCUUUCCCAACCUAAUACCCUCCAAUUACUUUAAAAUACAGUUUAUAAUACCCCAAACAUUGGGCAUGCUGGCUAGGGCUUUUGGGAAUUAGACUCCAGUAGAAAUGCAAGGCAUUGUGUCAAGGAAUACUGCUUUAGAUCUAUAAUCAGAAUCUGUCUUAAAUACAUCUCUAGUCUCUGCAUGAUAUGCCUUCAGAAUACUGUACAAUUUUGUAUUUAUUAUUGUCCAGGUAGAAUACCUACAGUGCACUUUCAUGCAGCUUUUCAAACUGUUGCAUGUUAUUCGCUAACACUAUAACAUUAAUAGUCUGAAGAAAUAUAGUUUUUUUUGUCCCUUAAUGAAUACAAAAUGUAAUUGUUGCUUGUUAUAAGUGCUUACUAGUGCCUGCGUCUGGACAGGCUUUCAUUUAAAUCUAUCAUGGUUUUCAGAAUCCUAAAAAUCAUAUCAUGAAUUGGCUGAAAACAAUAUGCAGUGCAAAUAAAGUAAGCAUAUUUUAAAAGGGAACUGAACAAAGUCAAAGUAAGUCUUACUGUAUACAUGGAAAAUAAAUUUCAUACUUUAGAAGAAUUUUUCUUGCAGAUUACAGCUUUGUGCAGUCAAAUCUCAAGGAUCCAUUACUGAAGCUGUUUAUCUAAAAGCAGUAGUCUCUUUUAGCUGGUUCCUGUAAGGGACAAAAUUGAAUUUACAUUAGAGUGGGAUAGCAAAUACAAAAAACCCAACAAAACAAAUAAAAACCCAUUGCAUUUCUGAACCACCUUUAAAAUUAAAAUACCAGAAGCACUAAUAUAACAGUCAUGCUUGGUCCAUCCUUCAUUACACACACACACACACACACACACACACACAUUUCUCUAUAGGAAGAGGCCCAUUGUUUUCCAUUUUCUCUUAAUUAAAUAAUAUUUCCACCACAUUUCUUUUGCCAUAGCACUUUGCAUUUAAGAAUCACAAGAUUUUCAUUCUCAUUUGAGAAAAUUCAGUUCUUUCACUCAUCUGCUGAAAUAUAUAUUUUAUCACUCUUGGGGUUAAUGAAAAGUGCUCCUGCAAAUAUGAAGGCUUGCAGAAUUAAUCUUAUGUGAAUAUAGAGAUUAAAAUUAGAUGAGUAUUACUUCCUACUUACACUGCCACUACCCUCAUCCCCCCAUUUUCUUGCAUUGUAAUUUUCCUAUUUAUUAUUCUCUUCACUGAGAUAAUAGCUGAUGAAUUAUUGGUUCAGUUUAAAUCAACAAUCAUAGAACUUUCUUAUUUCUGCUGGUUCUUACUUUUUAACAUAAUUUUGUAUAUUGUCCUAAGAUAGUAUGCCAGAUGUUCCAGACUGCAUGAGUGUGUAUCGCUCCAUUAAAAGAUCUGUUCAUGUGUCUCAGUUCAGUCUGUUGCUGGUGGCUGAAAGAGUUAUAGCUUGCUUUGGGUAACUCUGGGCAGAAAGUAUGAUUUAUGAAUAUUAAUAGUAAUAAAUAAAAUCGAAAAGUCUGAGCAAAAGCUUUUUAGAUUACAAGACAUAAACCCCAAUUAAACACAUAUUCACAGCUGUGAAGCUGCCUACAUCCUUAAUGCUGGAAAAUAUAGAUGCAAGGAAAGGAAGAAAGAAGAGGAGGGAAAGACUGGAAAAAAAAACAGGACAUGAAUAUGAUAUGAUUAGCUGUAUAUAUUAUUUAGACUUCCUUUGAAUCACUUAUCAUAUAAUUUCUAGUUGUAGGCUGAUGCUGCUUUAUUAUAUAUUCACUCCCCAUGAUAAAACUUUCAGGAUGGUUGACAAUAAAAUUCCAUUAAAAGUAUUUCGGCUGAAGCAACAACUAAUAAGGCAACAAAACCCAAGUAGAACAAAAGAGCAACAGGACUCAUUCAAAAUUUUAAAACUUGGCGCGGGGGGGGGGGGGGGAGGGGGGAGAUGUAAAAGAGGGGUUUGCCUGGGAUCUAAUAAUAAAGUGGUUCUUUUAGAGAAAGAAUUUCAGAAUUGAGAUACCACCAUUAAGAAGGUGGUGUAGUCAUCCACCUUACAUCUGAUGGCAGGGCACCCUUAGAAGAAGCCCUCCAGUGAAGAUCACAAAGUCUGGUAAAGUAUAGCUGGUGAAGACUGUUCAUUCAUCAUUUCUAACCUUGUCACACUACAACUUAAAAGAGUUGCACCGAAUAGAUACAUUUGCACUGAAUAGAUCAAACAGCUAGUGCAGGAAGUCUUAAGACCAGGGCAACUGUCAAUUAUUGAGUUGAUGUUGCAAGGUUUUCAUUGUUAGUUUGGCACAAUUUAACAACAGUGCCUUCUAAGGCACAGAAGACAUUUUGUAAUGUUACUUUUUCAAAUAUCGGUGUUACACAUAACUGUUUCUUUAUUAUGGCUUCAAAUUUGUGUCUGUUACAGAGUUCUGUUCAGGAGUUCCAUCAAUUAUUUGAUUUUUUUUAUUCCACAUUUAUGCAGCUUUUUUAUCUAACAUAUCUAUGUGCACAAAGAAAAUUUUAGUCUUUUGAAUUAUUAUAUUGAGCAUUAAGAAAUAUAAGCAAGCUAAACACACACUGGAUCUACACUAUAUCAUGUAAUUUGAACUGUGCUAUAUGCAAAGCGUAGACUCGUGUAAUGCAGUUCAAUGCAUCUGAACUGCAUUCUAUGGUAGAUCCAGCCUGAGCAUCCAUAGUCACAGCUGAUUUGUAUUAUAGAUCUUCUGGUAUUCAGUAAAGGGUAUCUUUUCUCCACAGUAAUACACUGAUAUUUCUUAAGAAGCUCAUUUUCUUAUUUCACAUGGUCUUUGAUUUCUCCUUCUUCUGCUUUCAUUGCUCAGUAGACAGGAAUAAUGGGCAGAACUUUGCUGCGGUUAAUGGAUUUUACAAUUGACUUUGCUUUCUGGGGAAGUACCACAGCAUUUCCUUUGUUAUGAAGUCCCAUCUUGUAAAGAACAUGGCAUCUAAAUAUGAUUCUGUUCUUAUCCAGAAGUACUUCAGACCUUUUGGUCCAACAUACAAGCUUAAUAACUUCAAUUGUGAGUCUCAAUUAGGGCAGGACCAUUAAAUCAAUGAGAAUCUGGUUAGCCAGCAUAUUUAAUUCCCAUAGAUUCAAUGGGUCUAGUCUAGUCUGAACUACCAAUUGGAAUCAGACCUUAGAGAAAACACUAACUUUUCUGUACAUUUGCUUUAACUUCGUGAAAUAAAUCUAUCAGAGUUGCAUUGAAAACUUCAAAUUUUCCAUUUUGGUUUCAGCCAAGAGACAAUUGUUUCUCAUGCAGGGAAUUGGGGGACAUUCUGGUGAAUUGCUUUUUAUUUUAAGAGGACUUCAGCUCACAAUGCUUUGAAUGACUAUAAUGCAAAUUACAUAUUACUGGGUCUUUGAGAUUAAUUAAUUCAUUUCAAAUCAAUGAGACAAUAAUUUUUCAUCAUACGUUGUAAAGAGCAGUCCUAUACACACUAACCUCAUGCUGAACUCUGUGGAACUUUCUUCUGAGCUACCAUAUAUAGGUUACAAUUCACAAAAAUAUUAAGAAGUUUCUGUUCAUUUUCUCCCCUUCUAAUUUGUUCCCUUCAGCAAAUUUUGCUGUAUGUUUUAUAAAAGCAACUUUUCUUAAUUUUCAUGUUUUAUAAAAGUGACUUUUUAAUUUUUUUUAGCACGGUUUAAUAGAGAGUUUGUAAUUGUCAUUAUUUCAUAGAAAAUCUGAUUGCAUGGCCACAAUGUGCCCCUACAGCUGAGAUUAUUACUUUUAAUAUAUAUAGAAACAAAAUCAAACUCUUUCUCACAUAUAUUUGCCUGAAUCCAAUUGGUUGUACUAACUAAGCCAUAUCCGCUGAAUCCAUAGAACUUAAAGGCAUAUGACUUGACUCCAUGAUCUGCCUUCUUUGAACUAAAGGACUCUGCUUAUAGAAGGUGCCUUCUGAAUAAGAAGAUUUCCCCCUGAAAAGAAGCAGUGCUACUUUUAAGAGGCCUCACCAGGACAAUUUGCUUCAAUCAGAACAAUUAAAUACAUCAAAAUCUAGAAUCACACCAUCGUCUGGGGUGAGGAUAAAUAUUCAGAGUCAUUUUCCCUGUUCAAGUGGUAUAAUAGUGACCAUUAUGUUUCAUAUCUAUGCCACCUCAGCAAAUAUUGACCUAAAUCUUGCUGUUAUAGCUAAUUAGAUUAGAUCAAUUGAAGCGUUGGAAUCUACCUAUGUAAACACUUACCAUUGAACAAUUGAUUCAUUGAGGUUGGUCAACAGGUUUCCAAAUAUUACUUGCUUAUUUCAAUUGAUUUUCUUUAAAGCAAAUAGAGAAAGGAAGUUGAAAGUAAACAUAUGAUUUUAAGAACAGGUUUAUUAUAAAGCUCUUGCAUAAGGCUACUAUAUUAUUCAGAAAGGAUACUUGAAAGGAAAGAAAAUUGCUCAAAGAUAUCCAAAGAAUGGUUCUGAUCGUAUCACUCUUCUGUUAGGUAGCAAAUCCUUGUCUGCUAAACUAGGAAAGCCUUCUGAUAGCACAGAACGGAAUUUUGAACAGUGAGAGAAUGGAAAAACGUUUGCCAGUGGGUGAACCACAGUGCCCUCUUCGCAGAUAAAUAGUGCCAGUUUUCUUUGACAGAAAUUACUUUCUCAAAACUGGAACUACCCAUGUAUUUUACAAUAGGACGUGAUGUUUCGUACAGCACUGUAUAAUGUAUGCUGGUGCAUUCCUUGUUCUUUUGAUGUCAAGGAGCAAAGAUGUCUGAACUCCAUUUGAAAAUUGUAUGGCUAGCUAGCUGAUUUGGUAAUUGGAAGGUUCUGGGCCAGUUAAGUCAUCCAACCUUCCAGAUGCUGUUGGGCUGAAACUCUGGCAGCCUUAGCCAGCACAGAUAAAAUAAAUGCUGGGAGUUGCUGUCAAAUAACAUCUGGAGAGCUGUAAAUUCCAACCCCGUGGAGUUGAGGCUGUGAGCAGGAUACUGAAAACCUAUUUUUUUUUAGUGCAUUCCUCAUUUCCAUUUAGAAGGUGCAACAUUGAAACCACUACAGAGGCUAAUAUGAAAAAAAAGCUGAGAAACAUGCACAAUCUGACGAUUUACUCUGUAUUCUUAAAUUCUUGUUCUGGUUACCUUUGAAUUAGCCCUAAGAUGAACCUAGUGAGUAUGCUGAAAUAUUUGAAUUACUUUGAGACAUGCCUUACUGAAUCUUCAAGGAGAUAUUUUGGUUAAUGAGGCUUGUAGAGCAGAACCACUUUCUACUGCACUUGUGAAAACGGAAAGUUGCCACUACAAGAGAGUUGUUGCGAAGUAUUUUUAAUUAGCUGAUUCAUAUGUCAGCAAUCCAGUGUGCUAUGAUUUCUAAAAAAUAAAAAUACAGAACAAUUUUUGCAUGCUUAUGUAACUCAUUAGUUUUAUUAUGAAAUACAUUUAUGAAUGCCUAUGCAUUGUAAAUGCUUUAAUACCAGAAUAUUGAAUGUUUUGUACUCUUUUUUUGUAAAUAUGCUAUAUUUACUGCAUGAUUCUAUCAUUAUUCUUUUGUACACAUAAAGAAACACCAAGAAACAUAUAGUAUUAAUAACAUGGUUAUUACAAGUAGCUAGUUUCAAUCCAUUCUAAAACAAGUUUGCACCAAUUCAUUUUUUAAAUGGCAGGAAAUGUGUUUCCUAUGGGCAGUGGGCUUAGUUCACAGCAAAACAUGAAUCAAUGAUUAGUGUGUUCAUAAUAUCAGUGAUUUUGUAUAAAUGGAACUAGAGGCCUUAUUAGAUCCUGGAGACACUUGCAUAUCUCAGUAGGGCUGUAUCGAAAUUUUGUCCAUAUUUGUACAGAUUAUCCCCAAGGUAAUCUGUAACAAUAUGGGAUUCCAUUGAAUAUUUCCAAAUGUCAGACAUGUUGUUCCAAAACUAGUUUGUUUUGAUAUAAGAGACAGAUAGUUUAAGCAAUACCCCCUUGUUACUAUUAUAGUCAUUGCCAAAUAGCGGUAUUAAUUUUUCCUGCCCAACUUUACACCAUAAUCUUUUUUUGAGGAACAUAUGUAGUAGAUAUAAAUCUAUUAAAGAUUAUUUUAUUAGAUGAUACUGCAAAAUAGAUAAUCCUAAACAAAGAUACAUUUCAUUUGGUAAACUAGUCCUGAAGAUGAGAGGAUAUUAAAGAAUUUCUGGAACCCAAAUAUGAGCCUACUAUGUUCAUGCUCAGUGGGAUUUUGUCUUCUUUUUAUUUGACCAGCAGAUUUCCAAUGUUAUAUAUUCCAGUGAAGGUUGAAAUAUAAUUGAACGGUGCUCCCUAAAGUCUGCUGUUUACAGACUGGGGGUAUAUAUGGUGAGAGAGCUCCUUCAGACUCUCAGAGCUGAUGUCAAACUUUGCAUCCUUAUGUUUCCUUCUUCUCUUCCUUACCUUAAAAUAUGUUUCACCUGAUUGAGUUCUGUAGACCUGUAAGUGCAAAAAGGUUUCCAAGAAGAGGGAAAUGCAAUUUGGAGAAGGUAAAAGCCUCUAUAUCUAACAACUUGGUCUACAUACAAUUCUCUUGAGUUUUGUAAUUCGAUCACAAAGAGAGACAGUAAAAAUCGGCAGUGGACUUUGUAGGCUUCCUGUUUCCCUCUCUUGCAUGUCUGAAAGGAAAGCAAGAAUGUUGGUGCAAAGGGCACAGAAUCUCCUUUCUUGCUCCUGGUGACAUGGAUCAGGUUUGUUGGAUAUAAUAUGUCAUAGUGAGGUCAAUUGGUUGUGAACUGGGUCCAUUGUUUACAGUGUUACUGUAUGUAACCAAAGAUAUACCUGUACUUGACCACUUGUUUAAACAAAAAUGGGAAUACCAAAGGGACAGAUUGUUAUCUUUUUACUGUAGUAGAAGUUUUCAUUAUCUCAAAAAAUUCUGUCUGACUGAGGGAUGAAGAAAAACUUGUGUUAAAUAAUGAAGAGGAAUGGCAAUAUUUUAUACUACUGUAAACUAAGUUUCCAGUGAUAGAAUACUAAAUCAAAAUAUUGGGUCUUGCAUUUAUUUACAGUUAUACCAAUGUUUAAUUUAAUGUCAGCAUUAUUGAUUUCUUUUCUCAUGGCUCAGAUCAUCAACAAUUCCUGGCAUUAUACAGAAUGUAUUUCACAUAGCAUUUUGUUCAGUCCUCCAAUUUAUUUUCAAAUGCAAGUCAAAUGCAUGUCAAAUGGACUUAUUUUCUUUUCUUUUCUUUCUUUUUACUUCACAGAAAAUAAAGAAACAUGUUUCAGUACAUUAUGCUGCCUUUUUAUUUCAGUGCGAAAUUCUUGCAGUUAUAGAAGAGUAUCAAGUAAGCAGUAUGAUUAAAAGCUAGUGUGACACAGAUAGUUCAAUCUCCUUCACCAAAAGGCACAGCAAAAGAAAGAAAACUGAGCUCAAGCAAGAAGAAAUCAAAAUGUCCAGUUUGUGCAAUUGAUGAAGUGGCAGCAUAGCAGUGAGCAAAACCACACAAAGAACGGCAUGAGUUUUGCCCUGUUGUUGAGGCCAAAGCUCUGGCAAAAAAAGCAGUAUUUGCAAGCAAGCUGGUUGCUGCUUUUUGUUCUCUACUCUGAAUAAAUCUGGGAAGGCAAGGAUGAAACAAAGGACAGGAAGAGACUGGAGUGGAAGAUCAGAAAGGAUGGAAAAGAUCGAGACUGAUGCUCAGGCACUGGAUUGGGGAAAAUAAAUUUGGAAUACAGUAGUUAGAAUUAAAAAUCCUACUAGGGUGAUGCCAGGCCUGAGUGAAUGACCCCACUGAUGUUCUGAGCUCCCUAGACUGAUGUUAGAAAUACUGACACAUUCUUCUGUAUCUUCCUUGUUUUUAUUUUGUGUAAAAAGUAGAUUUUGGGAAAUGUUCUUUUGUUGGACUACAACUUCCAGGAUAGUCCCAUCUGUCAAGCCCACAGCUGGAGAAAUGUGUGAGCAUACUUGUGUUUAAAGCAAAGUUUCAGAAAGGCCUGCUGUUGGGGCGAAAAGAAGAGGCUGGUGAAAUGUUACAAAUCAGGUUACCAAUACCCCUGUCAAUGUGUCAAGAGAAGAAUUGCACUUGAAAUGACUUGGUAUGUUUUAACAAAGGUGGAAACAAUAUAAAACAUAAUGUAGGAUGUAACAUGUGGGCAAACAUUUUGUAAUAUUUGUUGUGAUGGCUAUAGAUAUGUAACAAAUGCCCCGGGGUUUAGUUUUCUUACUGUUGCUGCUCGAGGAAAUGUUGCAGCAUAAUUAUAUACACUGAAACUAGACAACUUGUGGGAAAGAAUCAUUGGCUUUAAAAAAAAUUGUAAGACUGACAGAUCAGUAGUCCAAACAACAAGCUUCAUAGGUUAUGGGUAGGUUUAUGGAAGACCCUAGACCAAUCCUAACCAUAUAGAAGAAAGUUCUAUUGAGUACCAUGGACCUUCCUCCUUAUUAUUCAUAUUUAGAAUGGAAACCUUCAGGAAUAAUAUUUAAUCUUGACUGCUUCCAUUUAACUUCUUCACAAUGCAAGGCUCCCGUCUUCAUACAGAAGCCUACUAGUGUUUAAGCCUUUGUUGAUGGACCAAAAUUAAAUUAAUUUUUACAGAUUCUCACUGCAAGUGUGAAGACAUGGUCCUGUUAUUUCAGGAGGACCUGGGAACAUAUUGAUUACAUUAAUGUUCAGCCCAAAAUAUAUUGUGAUGUUUUGCACUCUUUGUUUUUUAUUUGCUUGCCACGCUGUGAGCAUCUGUGGUUGAUGCUUAAUAUAUUAGCCACAAUGACAAUUGUACCCUGCAAGGAGCCUUGCAACGGGUCAUAAUUUAGUCCUAAAUUGUUAUCCUUGGAUGCUCCUGACCCGGCAAUCCCAUCAACAGCACAUACUGGUUUAGAAUGGAAACUAAGAAGUGUCUCUGCCACUUCUGAAGGUACCAACCAUCUGUCAUAUAACAUAAAGAAAGUUGUAAGUAAUUACAAAAUACUUUUGUUGUUUUAUCCCAAGAGCUUCAUCCCCAUAAAUUUAUGCAGAGGUUGGUUUUUUCUUACUGGCAUAUAAGGUCACAAGUGUAGAGAGUUGAUUGCUGGAUGUCAACAUGUUUCAGGGAAAUUGGAAAGACUACCGCAAAAAUGAACAAGCUUGCUACGUACUUCUUAUGAAAUGACUUUGAAUAAGAAUUCAAUGUUUAUCUUGGUAAAAUGAAGAAACGUUUACACCAGGCUACUCUGACUGUAGUAAGGUUAUUUGAAGUUGACAAAAGCAUGAUCCUUCUCUCUUACUUGACAAGAAAUGUAAAUAUGGGACUGAAUUUAAUCCCUGUUACCUUCCAGAUCUUGCAAGAAGAAAGCAUCUGCCAUGGUCUAAUAAACUGCUGUGUCUCUUUGGUACAUUAGUAUCUCAAAUUAGUUUUACAGCUUUUGCUUGCAGUUCCUGUUAUGGAAAACCUCCAUAAAAUGUAGUAUAAAUAAUUUCCACCAACUUCUGCCACUUUCCGAACUAUAAAUUUAAACACAGGUCAGCCUCACAGCAGAAGUGUACUGGUUUCAGCAUAUGCCAACAACUGUGAAGACCAGACUGUGAUUCCCCGCUUGGUCACGGGAAUCCAUUGGAUGAACUUGGGUGAGUCACACACACUUGCGUUCUGGAAAACCCCAUGAUAGAUUCACCCUAAGGUCACUAUAAGCUGAAAAUCACUUGAAGAGACAUAGCAACAACAAGCACAUUGUAAAACAGGGAGGAAACUUAUUCUCAUUAUAAAUGGUAUAAGUACCUUGUAACUAACUAUCUUCAAACUGGCAAGUGUGAAUUGGGUGGAAGUGGAAGAGAUCUUUUCCCUAUUCUGAACCAGCUUCUUUCCAAUCCUUCUUCUGCUGCUUUGAAGGAUAGUUGAAUUAGUGUCCUGUGGCAGUUUCUUCACUACUUUUUUAUGGCCUCCAAAAUGCAAGGGAGGAAAAUCUGCUUUCAACAUUGGAAUAAAUGGUAGACUCUCCUUCUCUGGAGAUUCUUAAAGAAAGGUUGAAUAGCCGUUUUUCAGAAGUGUUUUCAGUGUGGAUUCCUGCAUUAUAGCAGGUUUGAUCUGAUGGUCCAUGUGGUUCUUUCCAAUUGAUUCCAUGAUUCUGAAUUCAGUCUAAUUUUCAGAGGAUUUGUGCAUGUUCAGUGUGACCAAGAGAUUAAUACUGAAGGAAUAAGUGACUGGAGCAUUUUUAAAAUACAUUAUUAUUCGUUCUAAGCUCUCUGAGGAUUAGGAUCCUUAACUUUAAUGUAUUUUAUUUAUUUAUUAUUAUUUAUUUGCUACAUUUAUAUGCCGCCCUUCUCACCCUGAAGAGUAUAACACAGUUUUGUUAUAUGCUGAAUGUUUCACAUGGCACUUAUUGUAAGGGUGAACAAAAAGUAGCCUUUUUUAAUGGACUGCAAUUCCUAACAUCUAUGACGAUUGAAUGUUCUGGCAAGGCCUAAUAUUGUUGCAGUAUAACAACAUCAAACAACCUGGUGGUUUCAGCAGGUGUUCGAAUGAAUCCAUUCUGGUUAGCCCACCGACUCUGACCCGAUAUAUACUGCAUAGUCUCAUCUUUCCUGCUUAUGGACCAUGUUUAACUUAUGGGAUUAUGGACCCUUGCCCCCCGAUUGGAACCUGUUGUGAUUAUCAUUGAUUGCUAUUUUUAGUGUGACAUUUUAUUUUGUGUAAUAAUCUGUUUUUAUAUUUUUAUGUAUUGUAUGUAUUAUAUAUUGUAUGCUGUGUAUUACUGUUGUAAACUGCCCUGAGUCCCUUUUGGGAGAUAGGACAGUAUAUAAAUAAAGUUUUAUUAUUAUUUA